AACAUGGCUGUAGAGGUGAGGCGGUGGGCGCGGACAGCCCUGCUUGUGAGCGUUUACCUCAGCCUGGCUUCGUGUCUGCAGUUUUUCCUGGAGGAGGGGAAGCAGAAAUGUUUUAUCCACGACGUGGCGGAGGACAUAGAGCUCGUGGGUGAAUACCAGACUCUGCCGUCGGGCCGCCAAGAUGGGAGCAUAUCUGUUGUGGCCAAAGAUCCUGACAACCUGGACGUGCCGCUGCGCUUCCUCUCCGACCGCAGGUUCAGAUUCCGGUCGAAGAAGGACGGGGAGCAUCAGCUCUGCCUGCGGUCCGGCAGCCGCCUGAAGCUGGACCUGACCGUCGCCACCGGCGAGAAGACCGUCAACUACACGGCCGUGGCCGAGCAGGAGCGGCUGACGGAGCUGCAGCUGAGGGUGUGGCAGCUGGCCGAGCAGCUGCUGCAGAUCCAGAAGGAGCAGAACUACCAGAGGAUCAGAGAGAAACGCUUCCGACAGAUCAGCCACAACACACACAUGUGGAUCUUCUGGUGGCCCGUGGUCCGUUCGCUCUACGUCGUCCUCUUCAUCAUCCUGGUCACCAGGUCCUGCUAGCGGCUCGGUGGCGUCUGUGGGCGGUCGGGUGGUCAGUACACUUUGGACCUGCAGAAGAAGAAGGAGAGUGAACCACGGUGGCGAACAUCAGCAGCAGCAGGACGGCGGCUGGGGCAGGGGCGAGCGGCCCACCUGGAGAAGGCGG